GCUUUUCCUCUCCACCGCUUUGAGCUCCUCUCAAAUUUUCAUGUCCUAAAGCGUGAUAUUUAUGUACCAAGUGCUACCCCCAAGAUCCAUUGAAUUUUAUUUUCACAGUUCUCUCUCCAGAUUGAUAGAAGCUUAAAAGAAAAGAAGAGAAAAUUGGGAAGAAGUCUUCCCCCAUAAAAGAAGUUAAAAGAAAAGAAGAGAAAAUUGGGAAGGAGGAAAAGGGAGAGUAGCGGAAGCGAAUGGAGCGCGGGACGCGGACGCGGACGCGGGGGCAGACGGCCGACGAGGUGGCGGCGAUCCUGCGCAAGUCGUGGUACCGGCUCCGGCUGUCUGCGCGGCACCCGGCGCGCGCGCCGGCGUGGGACGCCAUCGUCCUCACGGCGGCCAGCCCGGAGCAGGCCGCUCUCUUCGACUGGCACCUCGCCCGCGCCCGCCGCUCCGGCCGAAUCCCCCCCUCCACCGCCGCCCUCGCCGUCCCCGACCCCGACGCCGCCCGCAUCGGCUCCGGCGCCGCCACCCUCCACGCCCUCUCCGCCCUCGCCCGCCACCUCCUCUCCCCCUCCCAGGUGCCAGACGAUGAGAAGGGCACUUUGAUAACUUCGGAAAAUGGCAAUUCUGAUGAUAACAUCCUUCUCACCUCGAUGUUAAGCGUAAUGGCGAAGAAGCAUAUAUUAUUACUUCAUGCUGGAGGAGACUCUAAGAGGGUCCCGUGGGCCAACCCGAUGGGGAAAGUGUUCCUACCACUGCCGUACUUGGCGUCGGAUAAUCCGGAUGGGCCUAUUCCGUUGCUUUUCGAUCAUAUUCUUGCAAUUUCCUCUAGCGCAAGGCAAGCUUUUAAGAAUGAAGGUGGGAUAUUCAUAAUGACAGGAGAUGUGCUGCCCUGUUUUGAUGCGUCCAACAUGAUUCUUCCUGAUGAUGCUUCUUGCAUUAUCACAGCCCCAAUCACAAUGGAUGUAGCGUGUAAUCAUGGUGUUAUCAUAGCAGCAGAAGAUGGAAUCAAGGGUGAAAAUUAUUCACUUUGCUUAGUUGAGAAUCUUCUGCAAAAGCCAACAAUGAAUGAGAUGCUGGAGAGCCAUGCUGUUCUGCCUGAUGGGAGAGCACUGCUUGAUACAGGGAUAAUAGCAGUGAGAGGCAAAGCAUGGGAAGAACUUCUUCGCCUAGCCUGUUUGUCAAGUCCGAUGAUAAAGGAUCUUAUCACUUGCAAAAAAGAGAUGAGUUUAUAUGAAGAUAUGGUAGCAGCAUGGGUACCUGUAAAACAUGAAUGGUUGAAAUCUCGCCCCUUAGGAAAGCACCUUAUAGAUGCACUGGGAGCUCAGAAAUUGUUCAGCUUCUGUUCUUAUGACUUGUCAUUCUUGCAUUUUGGCACUUCUAUCGAAGUUCUUGAUCACUUAGGCGGGCCCAAUUCAGGACUAGUUGGUAGGAGGCAUUUGUGUUCUUUACCAGAAACCACUGUCUGCGACAUUGCUGCGACAGCUGUUAUUCUUUCCAGCAAAAUUUCACCUGGGGUUUCGAUUGGAGAGGAUUCUUUGGUUUAUGAUUCAUCACUUUCAGGGAGAAUACAGAUAGGUUCACAAUCAAUCGUUGUUGGAGUUAAUAUACAAGGAUUGAGCCAAUGUGAGCAAUCUGGAAAGUUGGUUUGCUUUAUCUUACCUGACCGUCAUUGUCUUUGGGAAGUGCCUCUGGUAAAAUCAGUGGGGAGAAUUCUGAUCUAUUGUGGACUCCAUGAUAACCCAAAAGUUUCACUCGAAGAGAAUGGGACAUUUUGUGGCAAGCCAUGGAGAAAGGUCUUAUCUGAUCUUAAAAUUGACGAAGCCGACUUAUGGGGCUCUUCGACUACUCAACAAAAGUGCCUCUGGAAUGCGAAGCUAUUCCCUGUUGUAUCUCCUGUUGAAAUGCUUAAUAUAGGAAUGUGGCUCAUGGGAUCGACCUACAAUAACCAUAAAGAAAUGCUUUCAAUAUGGAGAAAAGCUCACCGCGUCAGCUUGGAGGAGCUGCAUCGUUCAAUUAAUUAUCCUCAGCUUUGCAUUGAUUCAAGUAACCAUCAAGCUGAACUUGCUGCUGGUAUAGCUAAAGCUUGCAUGACUUAUGGUUUGCUUGGGCGUAACCUGUCGGAAUUGUGUGAGGAGAUCUUGCAAAAUGAUGCCUUUGGACUAGAAAUUUGUAAGGAACUCCUUGGACUUUGUCCCAAUCUUGAGAAACAGAGUGUUGGUAUUCUUCCUCCAAGCCGACAAUACCAGGUGCAGGUUGAUCUUCUUAGAGCUUGUGGAGAUGAAUCGGCUGCUGUCCUGAUGGAGCAGACUGUGUGGGCUGCAGUUGCUAGUGAGACUGCAUCAGCAGUGAAAUAUGGAUUUGAAGAUAAUGUGUUCGACUCAACUGAUGGGACAAACAGUUCAUCGAGUCUCCUAAGGGAUCCUAAUGGAAGCAUUUUUCAACUGAAAAAAGCUAUUGUUGAGUUGCCAGUUCGGGUUGAUUUUGUCGGUGGUUGGAGUGAUACCCCUCCUUGGAGCUUGGAACGUCUAGGAUGCGUUCUAAAUAUGGCAAUAACUUUGGAAGGAUCCCUUCCAAUUGGCACUCUGGUAGAAACAACCCAGAACUUUGGUGUUUCAAUUGUGGAUGAUGCUUCAAACCAUGUUUAUAUUGAAGAUCCUGCAUCAAUUUCAGCUCCGUUGGAUAAAGAUGAUCCAUUUCGACUCGUAAAAUCUGCUCUUCUUGUGACUGGUGUACUGCAUCACACAAUAUUGUUGGAAUCAGGUUUACACAUUAGGACGUGGGCAAAGGUUCCCCGUGGCAGUGGUCUUGGAACUUCUAGUAUACUGGCUGCUGCAGUGGUGAAGGGGCUUUUGCGUCUCAUGGAAGAGGAUGAGAGUAAUGAUAAUGUUGCUAGAGUUGUUCUGGUUUUGGAGCAAAUAAUGGGGACAGGUGGAGGAUGGCAGGAUCAAAUUGGAGGUCUAUAUCCUGGCAUUAAAUGUGCACAAAGUUUUCCAGGACAACCGCUGCGACUGCAAGUCAUUCCUCUAGCAGCGUCGCUUCAUUUGGUGCAGGAAUUAGAGCAGCGCCUGCUCGUGGUUUUCACUGGCCAAGUAAGGCUUGCCAAUCAAGUUUUGCAGAAGGUAGUCACACGAUAUCUCCGACGCGAUAACCUCCUCAUAUCCAGCAUCAAGCGUCUCGCAGCUCUUGCAAAAAUAGGAAGGGAAGCCUUGAUGAACAAUGACCUAGAUGAGCUCGGUCAUAUAAUGUUGGAGGCAUGGCGGCUACACCAGGAGCUGGAUCCAUACUGCAGCAACCAAUUUGUGGACAAGCUAUUCACUUUCGCCGACCCUUACUGCUGUGGCUACAAGCUGGUCGGUGCAGGGGGAGGCGGUUUCGCAUUACUACUUGCUAAGGGCCGUCGUCAUGCACGAGAACUAAAGCAAGCGCUCGAAGAGUCUGAAGAUAUCAAUGUGAAGGUGUACAAGUGGAGCAUAUAUUCACCCUGAUGUGAAUUUUGUGGGAUAUAUUUGGUGUUGCUACUCUAGCUGUGUAAUUUAUAAUCUUGAAAUGAUUUUUCGGAACUACCGUAUUUAUCAGAGAAUGGUGGCAGCAGGUGGCAGAGGCUUUGCUAGAAUUGCAGUUGAGUAUUCUUCAGGCCUCUCUUUCAUUCACCUAUGUUUACGGCGUCAAACUGCGGUGUUCAUGUUUUGUAUAGACUAUACCAAUAUGAUGGCUAGUUACUAUGUACGGUUAAUGAUAUACUAAAAGCAUUUCAUAUGAUUUUUGAAUUGGAGAUGAUUUACCGAUAUUGUAACAUAGGAGGUUAUUGUUGUAUUGUACACCAAGAUGCUGAUUGAGAAGGAUGUUAAAAAGUUUAUUGUAUAUUCAUGUCAUUUUCUCAA